GGCGAUAACAAACUGAGCGGCAGAGGCGGCCGUAGCCGCGAGCGAAAGCUUCUCUGUGUACAAAUCGACUUCCAUCGAUGCCACUCGUCGGUAGCCCUCGCCACGGCCCGCCGCUGAAGCUCGCCGGCCGCGCCCAGCGCCGGCCUCCGCCCCGCGCCAUUGCGCCCAAAUGCGACAUCUCCUCCCCUCCUCCGCGCCUAACCAGGAGAGCUGUUUCCGCCGCCUCCCUGCUCCUCACCGCCCUCCCUUUCCCCGCCUCGUCACCGCAACUCCCCGUGGCCUCCGCAUCGGAAACGGAGGCAGAAGUCGGGGGAGGAGAAGGAGGCGCACCGGCGCUGGAGUUGGAGCGGUACACGGACCAGGACCAGGGGUUCACCCUCCUGAAGCCCGCCUCAUGGCCCAAGGUGGAAAAGGCGGGCGCGACGGCGCUGUUUCAGCAAGAGGGGAAGGGGAGUAACAACAUUGGGGUCGUCGUCAACCCUGUUCGCCUCUCCUCGCUGACGGAUUUCGGCACACCGCAGUUCGUCGCGGACAGGCUUCUACAGGCAGAGAAGAAAAAGGAAAGUACCAAAUCCGCAGAGGUGAUUUCUACCGGAGAGAGAUCAGGUCGCGAUGGCCUGACAGUAUACGAAAUCGAGUACUCAUUGGAUAGCACCAGGGGAGGGAUGAAGCGGAUCUUCUCGGCAGCGUUUGUUGCUUCUAGAAAGCUCUAUCUGCUCAAUGUAGCCUACUCUGAUACUGAGGAGAAGCCCUUGGACAAGCAGACUAGACUUGUUUUGGAGGAAGUCCUUCAUUCCUUUGAUUCUGUAUAGUUUCUUUCUCUUAACAAGAGAUGUAUCAUGUGUGUCUCCCUGUCUUAUUCCUACAAACUUCGACCCUAACAUAAGCUUUUUUACAUUGAUUUGUAAAAAGAGUUAUAAAAGGUUACAAAUGUUCUUCUCCAACACAAUUCGAAAUGUUAUUAGUUUCUUUCA